AUGGGCUUUGAUUCUGAAAUACAAAGCUUGUCUACAGCUUCAAAUUAUGAUGAUGAGGAAAAGAAAGUUUCCGGUGGUCGUAAUGAUUUCGGUGUUAAAUUAGCAAAUGUAUACAAUUCUGAGUUCAUUUUGGAAACAGUUUCAAAUGGCAAAAAAUAUCUCCAAACUUUCAGGAACAAUAUGAUCGUAAUCGAACAACCAAUUCUCACUGCUUGUUCCGAAUAUGCUUGUGACUACACGUGGAUCAUCUUUAGACCCGAUCUUCAAAAAUUUAAGAUGACUCGAUUUGAUGAUGACAUCUUCUCCCUCUUAGCAUACGAUUUGGCGGGUGAUAAAUGUGAUGACCGAUGGGAAAUGGCCUUCCUUCCUCUGAUUCUCACUUCCAUCAU